AUGGAUGAGAGAGAUAGAAAGAAGAUGAAAAUGGAGAAAGAAGAAGAGGAGAAGAUGGAGAAGUUGUACAUAUUGCUUAAAAAUGCAAGGGAGAUGCGUACAUACGUCAUCAGCUCCAUGGAGAAGAAGAGGCAAGAAGAAGAAAGAGCUAGGAUUCACAGAUUCCCUUCGUUUCAGCCAGAGGAUUUCAUUUUCAAGAAUGAAACAGAGGCCAACAACAAUGAGAAAGCAGCCGCUAAUGCAAGCUCUUCAGCCUCCAACAAGAAUGGCUCUAAGGAAGCGAAAGAGGAAGCUGAGACAAACGUUUGUUUGGAUUUGAAUCUUUCUCUGUAGCAAGUACUAAAGUAGUAACUAUGUA